AUGAAUCAUCAGACUCAUCAGGAAUCAACCUUGGAUAUUAUGAGAUCCUUGUUGUAUAUUCCGGGUAAUAGUGAGAAAAUGUUGAACAAAAUUCAUUCCAUGAAGGAAAGGCCUGAUGUAUUUGUUCCAGAUUUGGAAGAUUCUGUUCCGUAUCAUCAGAAGGAAGAAGCAAGAAAAAUGGUGAGAGAUUUUCUCUUAUCGACUUUUACGCCAGAUUUAGUUUCCGAAUAUAGAAUGCAUAUUAUUCCUCGUGUGAAUAUAGAAUGGGAAUUUCUUGAAAGUGAUUGUGAAGCUGUAGCCAUUCCAGGAGUAGUCACAGCAAUCAAUGUUGGAAAGACUUCAUCUAUUGCUGACGUUUUUAAUAUAGAUCAGUUGUUGACAAGAAUUGAGAACAAAUUAAACGUACCCCAAUACACAUUCAGAGUAAUCCCUUCCAUCGAAUCAGCAAUAGGUUUGGUACAUGCCUAUCAAAUUUGUAGCUGUUUACCUCAAAGAACGAUUGGAGUUGCAUUUGGUGGGGACGACUAUGCACAUGACAUGGGAUUUACAAGAGACACCACUCAAAUUGUGGAAAAGGAAUUAGCAUUUGCAAGAUCUACUGUUGCAGUUGCUGCAAGAGCGGCAGGAAUUCCCUCCUUCGAUACACCAAAUGUAAAUUUCAAAAAUUUGGAUGGCCUGAAAGAAGAAUCGGUGGCAGUUAAAAACAUGGGUAUGAAAGGCAAAUUUGCAAUUCAUCCUAGUCAAAUUCCAGUGUUGAAUGAGGUAUUUGGACCUUCACAACAAGAGAUUGAGGAAGCAACAACGAUCGUAGAGGCCUAUGAAAAGGCAGCAAAAGUAAACAAUCGUGGUAGUUGUCAAGUGAAUGGUAGAAUGGUUGAUAUGCCUGUUUAUCGAAAUGCAAAACAAGUAUUGGCAUGGGCCAAAAAGACUAGAAAGUAA